GAAUAGGGAGUGAACGGUCUGGGAUUAGGGGAGUGAGUGUCCAGGUCAGGAAUAGGGAGUGGUCUGGGAUUAGGGGCGUGAACAGUCGGAAUGUUCUGGAAGCUCCUCCCAGAGCCGGGCCUGAGCCAGUAUUGAUCUGGGAGUGAGGGCGGGUUUAACGCCGCAGAAUGGAGCCGGCGGAGCCGGAGUUGCCGCCGGGCUUGGGGGACGGGGAGAGCCGCGAUCGGGAGCGGCCUUUUGGGAUCCUGCGGCUUCAGGACGAGCAGAGCCCGGGCCCACGAGCCGGGCAAGGGGCCGGUGCCGCGGCCGAGCCCUCCUGGCAGGCUCCCAUCUUCGCCUUCGCCCGGAAAGCGUCAGAAACCUUCUCGGCCGCAGCCACGAGCAGAGAGCCGGGCCUGGAGGCGGCCCCGCGGGGGUUAAGGGACCCAAUGGCCAUUGAAAGGACGAAUCUCCUCAAUAUGGCAAACCUCAGCAUCAAGGGACUGAUUGAAUCAGCUCUGAGCUUUGGGCGGACUCUGGACUCGGACUAUGCCCCAUUGCAACAAUUCUUUGUAGUGCUGGAACACUGCCUGAAGCAUGGGCUAAAAGUGAGGAAGUCAUUCCUGGGUCAGAAUAAGUCGUUGUGGGGCCCCUUGGAGCUGGUGGAGAAACUUUGUCCUGAGGUCGCCGAGAUCGCAGCCAGUGUUCGGGACCUGCCUGGCUUAAAGACCCCUUUGGGCCGAGCCCGUGCUUGGUUACGACUUGCUAUGAUGCAGAAAAAGCUGGCGGAUUAUCUGCGGUGCAUGAUCAUCAGAAGGGAUCUGUUCAGUGAGUUUUAUGAGGAGCAUGCAUUGAUGAUGGAAGAGGAAGGGGCGGUGAUUGUUGGACUGCUUGUUGGACUCAAUGUCAUCGAUGCCAACCUGUGUGUCAAGGGAGAAGAUCUGGAUUCACUGGUUGGAGUCAUCGACUUCUCCAUGUACCUGAAGAAUGAUAGUGAUAGCAGUGGAUGCUUUGAAAGAGAUGGACAGUUUGCUGCAAUUCUCGAUCAGAAGAACUAUGUGGAAGAACUCAAUCGACAGCUGAGUUCAACAGUUGGCAGUCUGCAAGGCAGAGUUGACUCACUUGAGAAGGCAAACUCUAAAUUAAUUGAAGAGUUGGCAAUCGCUAAAAACAGCAUAAUUCGAUUGCAAGAAGAAAACGUUCAGUUUCGCAAUGAAAAUAUCCAAAUGUUAAUGAAGACCCAGCAACAUCUGGAGCUGGUGAAACUGGAUGUGUCUGCGGAGCUGGAGACCUACAAGGGCACUCGACAGGGACUAGAUGACAUGUUCACUGAGGCGCGGAGACAGCUGAGAGAAGAGUCACGUAUGCGCCAGGAUGUAGAGUGUGACCUUUUGGUACAGAUUAACAUGAAGCAGGAGAUGGAGCUGGCCAUGAAACUGUUGGAGAAGGAUAUCCAUGAGAAGCAGGAUGCACUGAUAAGCCUUCGGCACCAGCUUGAGGAGGUGAAAGCUAUUAACGUGGAGAUGUUUCAGAAGCUCAAAGGUUCUGAAGACGGAUUGAAGCAGAAACGUGAGAUGAUGACUCGGCUGGAGGAGAAGACCAACCAAGUGACAGCUGCAAUGAAACGGAUGGAGCAAAGUGACAAAAAUUUAUUAGAUCAAACCCGAACUGUUGCUAUUUCUUGUCUGAAGUGUGUUGGUAGAGAGAAUAAUAUUUAGAAUUUCAUUGCAACCUAAUUCCUAAUCAAAUUAAAGGUGUAAGCUUAGUGUGUUCAGUGGGAAUAAUGUUAGAAAGCAGAUUAUGAAAGGGACAAAAUGUUCUUCCAAACAUAGGGUUAACCUAUCUCUCAUCUAAGAUUUGAUUUCAUGAACUGCUUCUUCUUGCUCUUGCAUUCUCUCAUUGUAUGCUGAAGCCUUUUUUUUUGGCACUUUUUAUUUCUUCUUACACCCCCAUUGCUUAGGCUCUUCCCAUUUCACUGUAGGCACUACCACCCCCCCCCCCCCUAACCUCUCCAAUGCACACACCCGCAUUCCAACCCAGCGUCUUUCUCUCACUCUGCCCUCUGUCUCUUGGCUCCCUACUGUCUGGCUCCCCCAGUGAUCCCGUCUUUCGGCCCACCCCUUCUCACAAUACACUUCGCCAUUGCAUCUCUCUGCCUACCCUGUCCCUCUUCCUUUUCUCAGUUUGUAGAGUCUGUCCUCACAGCUUGCUUUCCUACCUUUUUUCAAUCAUCAGUAAAUCUUGUUACUUUGUUCUGUUUUUUAUAUCUAAACGUUAUCAAUAAGGGAUUUGAUCCUUAAGGCUCUACACAAGCUACAACCUACCCACUUGAAAAUGAUCUAUUUAUUUCUGAUUCUCUUGUCCUUAAUCCAUUGUAACGGCAGCUUACAUUUGUAGGGCUUCCAAGGUCAUUCACAGCAGCAUAAUAAAGGCAAAUUAUGCACUGAGCCAUAAAAGGAGAGAGUAGGCAAAUGAGCUUGGUCAAGGAGGUGUUUUGAGGAGCCUUUUAAAAGUGAAGAGGCGCAGAAAUGGAUUCCAAAUCCUGGGGUCCAGGCUACUGAAACAGUGGACAGAGUGAAGUGAGAGAAUAUGUUGACUGGUUGGGCGUGUGAGACUGAAGGAGAUACUGAUAUGUUGAGAGGGGCAGACCACAGAUUGACUUGAAAGCAAGGUUGAGAUUUUUAAUGCUGGACUUGGGUCAGUGAGCACUGGGAGUAUGUGGGAGGUGGGGUGGGGCAGGAUUUGGUGCCAGUAAGGGCAGCAUAGAUUUAGAUCCUCUCAAAUUUAUGAGGGGUAGAAAGUGAGUUACUGAGAGGGAAUGUAUUGGAAUGUGGAGGUGACAGAAGCAGGGGUGAGGGUUCCAGUGGGGUAUCAGCGGAGAUAGUGAAGUCAGAUGAUGUAUACAGUAGAAGCAGUCCAUCUCCAUGGUUGGAAGUUGAUCUUGGAUGUUAAUGUUGUUGUGAAUAGUUUGGUGCAGCCUUAGUUUCCAAGGCGAGGGAUGGUUUCAGUGGCUGGUGAAUGGAGUUUGCCAGAGGGACUGAAGACAAAGGUGACUGAAGACUGAAGCCUUCCCCAUAUUUAUUUGGAGGAAAUUUCUAUUUAUCAAUACUGGAUGUUGGAUAAUUAAGAGUGGAGAAAUUGAGUGGUGGUCAUGAGGUUGAGUUGGGUAUUUAGCAAAACACUCUCAGGUGUUGAGAGUCUUAGGAAGACUAUCUCUAAAAUUAGUGGAAGUAGAGUCCUUGAAUAUUUUUAGGGCAGAAGUAGACAGUUGUUAAGCAAGGGAGUGCAAAGUUAUCAGGGUAAGUGAGAAUAUGGAUUUGAGGUUACAGUCAGAUCAUUAUGAACAUCAUCAUCUUAUUGAACAGGCUUGAGGAACUGAUUGGCCGACUACUGAUGCAUCUACAUUGGCAUACAUGUGGGAAACUAACAUGAAUUUUGAUGUCUCCCAGGGCAACAUGCAGUAGGAGGGAGCCAAGGAUCAAUCCUUGAAUGCCAGCGAUGAUAGUUUGAGGAGGAGAAGCUAUUGCAAAUGAUGACUUGUCUAUGCUAAAAUAUUACUGCUAAGCCAGGGAACCUUAUGUAAUAAUCCUGUCGAUGUAUUGAAUAUCUUGUGAAAAUCCAAUGAUGCAGUAUCCUUGUAUCUAUUCUGCUCAUUACAUUCUUGACAUUACAAAUAUACUGGCUGAGCAGAGUUUUCCUCUUUAUAAAUCACAUUGAAUUCUAUCUACUUAUGAUUUCUACAUGGCUUGUUUUCACACAGUGGUGAAUUCUCGCACUUUCCUGAACACGUGGAAUUUGUUUUUUUUCUCUCUAUCUCCUUUCCCUUUGCAUCUGCUCUCUUCCAAACCUCUGGUAACAUUGAAUGAUUUUGCAUAUAGCUAUCUCACAUAGAUUACAAAUUCCAGACAUUCGGGUCCAGGGGAAUUUGUCAGAUUUGUAAACCCAUUAAUCUUUGCAGUAUUUCUUCCUCACCAAUAUUAGUCACAUUAAAUUCUUUGUUCUCAUUAAAUUCGUGCUUCUCCUCAGUUUCUGCAUGUUCUUUGUGUGGAGGCCCACUCCCUCUUGUACGUUAUAAAUUCUUCUGUCUCAAGAGACUCACACUUGCACUCAUUUGUUUUCUUUUACUAGUUUUUGGUGCUAUUUAACAGUCUGAUUUUAAAUUUCUUCAAACUUUAUUCUCAUUCUAUAUUAGCCCACAUUACUAAUUUUUUGGUCAUCCUUUGCUGGCUCUUAAAACACUGAAUCUUCAAGCUGGUUGAUUUAUUUUCAUACUUUAAGCUUUUUUGUUUCAUCAAACUGUAUAUUGAGCAUCUUUUAAUUAGCCAUAAAUGAAUAAUUUCAGCUGUGCAGUUUUUAUUUCCAGGACCUAUAUUUUCAGUGCAUUGUCCUUUCAGAUCUGUAAUGCCUGUGAUGUCACUAUGCUCUCCUCCCUUUCUUUUUGUUCACUCUCUCCUUCUUGCUUUCACUCUUUCUAUCUCCUUGUGUGUGUCUCUUCCCACACCAGUCUCUAUUCCCCAGAUGUUUUUGCUGUGCUUGGCAGAACACUCCUGCUCUCCAAUUCGAUCUUUAAGCUCCAUCCUCCUGCACUUGCCUGCACUGCCCCCUCCCCGCCCCAGAAAAACCUCAAACUCUCUUUAUCUCGCCCCCCUCCCCCCCAACCUUCAUUCAUCAUCCUUCAUACACCCUUUGUCCACUUUGCACCUUUGCUUCCCCUGCCCCCCACCUACUCAUUGCUUCCCCACUCCCCAAACUCUUCAUUAGUCCUGUUAUUUCUUGGGUUGGAUUGCUGUUUCAGUUCCUAGUUUGUGAUUGACUGCCCUUUAUAUGGUGAUGCUUGGUGAGGCACCUCUGGAACUGGUGCUUGUGAACCAGCCAACACCUUACUGAGAAAAAGGAAAAUAUUAGUCAGCAUAUUUGGGAGAAAAAAGAGACAACUGGAUUGAAUAAAAUCUGAAAGGAUCAGUGCUUGAGCUUGACCACAGUGUGUGGUAGGAUUUCUGCAACUU